CUUUAUCUCUCAACUGUACAUAUAAACAAGGUGUUUCAACUACGUUAUCUUCUGAAUUUCUUGCAGUUAGUGCCAUUGUCUUGUUUUUAUUGUUAUUUUACAACAAAUAAUUUACUUAUUUUUUAAAAAAAAAAUGAAAUUUAUAUAUUUAUUUUGUGCUUUUCUUGUCUUUGUGAGCGGGAUCAGUGGCAAAUAUAUUAGAGAAACAAGGGAAUUAAAGAAAAUCGAAGAAAACAGUGUGUUUUUAAGAAAACUGCUAUAUACUGUAGAAACAAAUCAACAAAACGACACAAGAUCGUGGAACGACAUACUCGCUGACAUAUUAGUGGAUUCAAUAAAUGCAGUACUAUAUAAGAAUGAUAAAACUGCUGAAAGAAUAACGGACACUUCUGGGAAAUGGUAUUUCACUACAUGGAUUAGCAAGAGUUUGUUGUUAUUUAAGAAUAUUAUUAACAACAGACCGAUUACGAAUGACGGUAUAGCAAAAAACAAUGAAGUUGAAGAUUUUGGAGAAAUUCUUAAUGAAAGUGAUUCCGACGCAGUAACAGAUGAUAAUGUUGAUAUAAAUAACGAUGUAGAAGUCUUCGAACCAAGAUAUCACGGUAAAAGGUGUGCUGGCUGCAAAGAAACGAGUGAUGGUAAUAAUGAUUGUCCAGAAGGAUCAGUGAGGGAUAAAGAGGAUAAUUGUGUUUUGAAAACUGUUGAACCGUUAAUAUCAGCUGUACCCAGUCAAUGUCCAAUUGGUUACAGACUAGACAGGUUAGGUUUUUGUAGAUUUAUAUUUAGAAGGAACGCGUGAAACUAAGGAAAUGUUGAUUUGGGAAUCCAAGUUUACACACUUCUUGCACUUCUCUUUGUAAGUGAAUAGAAUAGAUACAUUAAAAGAAGAAGAGUUACAUUAGUUGGUUGCAAAAGGAGUAUUUUGUGAGAAUUUAAAUAUUGUUUUUAUUAUUAAAAACAUAAAAUGCUCAAUAAAAGUAGUUAUUCAUUGAUGGC